AUGAAUAAAAAUUUCAGCACUACAUCCGAUGAGUUUGAGAGGAAACUUUUAUCUGCUUCUAUAAAAAGAGAGGCAAAAGAAAAUAAAGAAAUGAGUAAUUUAAGAAAACUUCCUGCAGAAAAUUUGGAGAAUAAUGAUUUUAUAAUAUAUAUGGAAUUGAAAUUUGAAAACUUAAUCAUAUCAAGGUAUUUAUUUGACAUAAGCAACGAAGAUGGUGGUACACCAAUCAGAAAUAGCGUACAGAUAACUAGGUUUAUAAUUAUGAAAAGCAAAAAUGAGAUAAUGGGCACGUGUGUAUCCAACAGAAUAAUAUUAUGCUACUCCAAUAAUAAAGAGAGCAAGGCAAUUUUAAGCAUGUUGCUGAAGGAGCUAGAAGAAAAAUAUUCUACUUCGUUAAAGUUAGAAGAAAAUGUAGAUAAAGGUAAUAACAAUAAUAGCAAUAGCAUAAACGGUAGUAAUAGUAGUGACAGUAGUAGUAGUGGUAGUGCGGAAAUUGAAAAGUACUUAUUGUCUUAUAUAAUUCAGUUCACUCUAGUUUGCAAGUAUUUAGAGUGUGGGAAAUGGAUCCAUAUUGGGGAUAAUAUGGACACUAUAAUUCAAUCAAAAUUUUGUGGUAAUUAUAGUUGCAAAUAUUUUAAUUGCAUUGGUUUUAAAUUUAAUAUAUUAAAUAAUGAUUAUAAUAUAUUAAACGAAAAAAAGAAUUAUGUAUAUAUUAUGAAGAUACAUUUAAAAAUUACUAUUAAUCUUUACAAAGUAUUACCAAUAGAUGAUAUAAGUGAAAAUAUGUAUGUAUAUUGUUUACCUCGAUGCUCUAUGAAAGCAACUGUUCUAAAUGUUUUGGAUACAACAACAAAUAAACAAACUUUUGAUUACAAAAACUACUGGUUAGAUAUACAUGGUUAUACUCUUAAUGAUACGUCUAUACAAAAAAUAGUAAGAGUUAAACUAUACAAAGGAAUAUUUAAUUAUCCCCAAGGCGUUAUAUUAAGGGAAAAUAUAUAUAAAAUUAAUAUGCCCAUUAAAAAAGAACAUCUUAUUUAUAUAUGUACCUUUUUAAAUAGGUUUCAAUUAUUAAAGAAAUGUAAAAUGGAACUAUUAAAAUAUUCAGAAAUUUUUAAAUUAGACACUAUUUGCAAUAACUUAAUGGAACAAAGUAUAAAAUUAAAGAAGGAAAAAAAUUCGGAUUUCUAUACUACACUAAACUUAUUAUGUAAUAAUGAAUUUGAACAAGCCACAUUUAACGAAGAUAUGGCAAAUGAAAAUAAGCAACAAAAUUUUUAUAAUAAUGCAUAUAACAUUUAUGGAAACACCUUAACGAAUUCGAUGAAGUCUAUAAAUUUGAAUUUUGCAAAAAAUAAUAAAAAAGCAGUUAUUAAUACGUGUAACAAGCCCCCAUCCGCUAGUGGAAAUAACAUAGAUGCCUUCUUAAGGGAAUCUACGCAAAAUUACCGCCUUACCUGUAAUAUUAACAUCAAUAAUAGUAAUAAAAAUAAUAAUAAUAAUAGUAGAAAUAAUAGUAGAAAUAAUAGUAGAAAUAAUAGUAGUACUAAUAAUAGUAACUGCAAAAAUAAUAAUAGUAAUAUUAACUGUAAUAAUAAUAGUAAUAUUAACUGUAAUAAUAAUAAUAAAUAUUAUUAUAAUAAUAAUAGUAAUAAUAAGAACCUACCAAAUAGAAGCGCACAAUAUAAUAAGUCGUCAACUACAACAAAUAUCGAUGGUUAUCAUGCUAAUAUGAUUACUCAUUGUACCGGUGAUACCAUUGAUAAAACAAAAUCACCUAACACUGUAGUUCGCUCAAAUAGUUGUAGUAUGGAGGAAGCGAAAAAAGUUGUUAAUGUUGAUACAAAAUGUACUGAUAAUCAAAAUAAAAUUAAAGAUUUAGAUAAAUACUUAAAUGACGUCACAAGUACCUAUAGGCCUCUAAUUAAUAAUAAUAAAAAAAACGACUAUUUUAAAGAAUUUCAUACAUUUGAAAAUGCAAAUGCGCAAAUCAUAUUUUCAAAGGAGUUUCAAAAUUUUCUUGACAAUAUAGACGAAGAAGCACUAUAUCAAGAGCACAAAUUAAAAACAGUGGAUUUCAGCGAAAGAGAAAAAAAGAGACCCAAUUUUUUUAGAAGUAAUAUACAAUAUACUGGAAAUUCUGAUAAUAACAAGCUCAUAAAAAAAAAAAAAAAUAUAAACUAG